AUGUCUCUUCCUUCCGCAGACGAACUCGAGCAGCUUCAGGAAAUUGAGAAGCAGUGGGCUGUCAAGGCUAUGCACCACGCUGAGACCUACUUCUCGCUCCUUCAGGCCAUUGAUGGAUCGAAGCUCAAGUUGACCAACAUUGAUGAUGAGAUCUACGUCGACUUCAUGUCGACCUUCGCCCCCAACGUCCCCAGGGUUGAUAUCUUGGACGAGGACAAGGACUUCAAGUCCCCCGAGAUGAAGGAGAAGUGGCGCAACUUCAUCAGCCGCUACGAUGGCGGCAAGGUCACCGACUACAACUUUGGAUCCUUGUUGAGACUCGAUGCCAGCAAGGAUUACUCUGAGGAUAACACCAUCUUUGUGACCCGCAUGCAGUUCUUGACCAUCGAGAUUGCUCGUAACAAGGCUGGACUCAACUCUGUCCACUGCAAAAGAAAGUAA